AUGGCGCAACUGCGACUCCGGGCGAUGCCCACCACAACGCUGCGAAGCUAUGCUUCCGGAAGCUUGGCAGCGGUCCGUAUUCCCCGGGCGAUUGCGUCGCAAGUUACGAGAAGAUGCUACUCAACGGAUCUCGAGCCCGAAAAGCCCAAGCCUCCGAGGCAGGGGAACGAGAUGAAGUUGGGAAGGUCUUUCCAGGGCCAGGUGAUGGGAAGUAUCGGUGCUCGGUUGAGAAGGGAGCGAGAACAGAGAGAGCAGUAUGAACGAUGGAGAAAUAUGACAGAUCCUUCGAGGAAUUGGAUGGUGACGUUUCUGUUUCUUUCCAGUAUCAGCAUCGCAUACUAUAUGGGUACGUUCUGGCCUCGCGAUGCCGAACCUACAUCGACCCUCCCGCUUUCAAAGGUCAAAGAUCCGAAACAUAACACGAAGCUCGAAAACAUGCAGGCCGCCUGGGCCGACUUUGUCAAGAUAGUUGGCAAGGAGCACGUUAGCACCCUCGAGACGGAUAUCGAACACCACGCCUCCUCUACCUGGUCUACGCAUCAGCCCAAGCCGGACGAGAAGCCCUUCUGUGUGGUGUAUCCGAGUAGCACCGAAGAGGUUUCAGAGAUUAUGAAGGUGUGCCACAAGCGACGCAUUCCUGUUGUGGGCUACAGCGGCGGCACCAGCUUGGAGGGCCAUUACACACAGACGCGCAGGGGAAUAUCUAUCAACUUUGGUAGAAUGAACAAGGUUCUUGCACUCCACAAAGAUGACUUGGAUGUUAUUGUUCAGCCAGCUGUGGGAUGGGAGUCAUUGAACGAUGACCUCGCCAAGGAGAACCUCUUCUUCCCGCCUGAUCCGGGUCCAGGCGCCAUGAUUGGUGGCAUGGUUGGAACUGGAUGCAGUGGUACAAAUGCCUACAGAUACGGCACCAUGCGUGAGUGGGUGCUCAGCUUGACCGUUGUCAUGGCCGAUGGCACCAUUAUCAAGACUAGACAGCGGCCGCGAAAGAGCUCUGCUGGAUACGACCUCACGAAGCUUUUCAUCGGGUCAGAGGGCACACUUGGUCUCGUCACGGAGGCUACGCUCAAGGUCACCGUGAAGCCUGUAUCUACGAGUGUUGCUGUCUGUACUUUCCCGUCCAUUCACCACGCCGCCACCUGCGUCAGUAAAGUUGUUGGUGAGGGUGUCCCGAUAGCUGCUAUUGAGAUUCUCGACGACAACCAAAUGAAGUUCAUCAACUCGGCCGGUAUGACGUCGCGUUCAUGGACUGAAGCUCCCACACUCUUUUUCAAAUUUUCAGGCACUGCCGCAGGUGUGAAGGAGCAGAUUUCACAAGUCCAGAACAUGGCUAAGCAGGCCGGCAGUAGGACGUUUGAGUUUGCCAGAAACCAAGAGGAACAAGAUGAAUUGUGGAGCGCCAGGAAGGAAGCUCUCUGGAGCACCAUGUCGGUAAUGAAGGAGGGCGACAGAGUCUGGACUGGCGAUGUUGCCGUCCCGAUGAGCCGGCUGCCUCAGCUGAUUGAGGAGACAAAGGAAGAUAUGCGCAAGAGUGGUCUGACGGCCUCGAUUGUUGGGCAUGUCGGCGAUGGAAAUUUCCACACAAUCCUGACGUACAGUGAGCCUCAGCGAAACAAGGCUGAGGCCGUUGUGCACAAAAUGGUGAAGCGCGCCAUCGAGAUGGAGGGAACCGUCACUGGUGAGCAUGGCGUCGGGUUGGUAAAGCGAGAUUAUCUCCCUCAUGAACUUGGCGAGUCGACUGUUGACGCAAUGAGACAGAUCAAGAAGGCGUUUGAUCCUCUCUGCUUGCUGAACUGUGACAAGAUUGUUCGCAUGCAGAAGCCGAAGAGGGGGGAAGUUGAAGAUUGGUGA